CAGGUCUCAGGCCCCCAGGCGGGGCGGCGGGCACCGAGUCACCAGGCACAACCGUGGGCUCCGAGUCAACUGGGAUGACCGCUGGCACUGGGUCAGACAUUGGAUCGUCGUCUGGCUGGACAGCGGGCAUCGGGUCACCAGGCAUCAGGUCAUUUGGCUCGACAGCGGGCACCGCGUCAUCUGGCAAGGCAGUGGGCUCCGAGUCAACUGGUAUUGGAUCGUCUGGCUGGACAGCGGGCACUGGGUCACCAGGCAUCAGGUCAUUUGGCUCGACAGCGGGCACCGCGUCAUCUGGCAAGGCAGUGGGCUCCGAGUCAACAGGCACGACAGUGAGCACCGGGUCAUCAGGUACCGGAUUGUCUGGCUCGACAGCGGGCAUCGGGUCACCAGGUAUGACAGCGGGCACUGGGUCACCAGGCAUCAGGUCAUUUGGCUCGACAGCGGGCACCGGAUCAGGUACCGGAUCAUCUGGAUCAACAGCGGGCAUCGAGUCAACUGGCCUAAUAGGAUCGUCAGGCUGGAUCAGUUCAUCAUGCUGGGUAGAGGCAUCAGGCUGAAUGCCGGCGU